AUGGUUGCGGUAAUUAGUGAACUAAUCAAAGACAAGUUUAUAGGCAUAGGACGUGUUUAUAAGCCUCGUCACAUUGUUGAGAAUAUGAGGAAAGAGUACGGCGUAAAUAUAAGUUAUGAUAAGGCGUGGCGUGCAAGAGAAACCGCUUAUGCUCUCGCCAGGGGUACUCUAGAAGAGUCGUACGCUAUUUUACAUGCAUAUGGUGAAGCGUUAAAGAUGGAGAAUCCAGGUACAAGGUUUGGAAUCGAACUUGAAAAUGAUGUCCAUUUCAAGUACAUGUUUAUGGCAUUAGGACCUUGUAUUAGAGGUUUUUCAAGUUGCUGGCCUGUGAUAAUUGUUGAUGGAUCGCAUCUGAAAGGAAAAUACAAAGGGAUCAUGUUGGUCGGCGUCUCCAUGGAUGGCAACAAUCAAGUUUAUCCACUAGUAUAUGCCAUAGUAGACAAUGAAACUGAUCGACCUUGGAAGUGGUUUAUGUCGAACUUGAAGUGUGCCAUUGAAGAACUCCCUAACUUGGUGUCCGUGUCCGAUCGAGUGGUAUCUAUUGGCAAUACCAUUCGUACAGUUUUUCCCACAGCACUUCAUGGAUUGUGCACCUAUCACCUAGAAAAUAAUAUUCUUUCCAACUUUAAGGACAGAAAGAUUGUUGGGAUGUUCAAGGAUGUAGCCAGGGCAUUUCGCAUGUCAAAGUUUCAAGCACAUUUAGAGGAUAUUGGUCUUGAAAGGUGGGCGCGUGUUUACCAAACAGAACGAAGAUACGAUAACAUGACGUCCAAUAGUGCAGAGUGUUUCAAUUCAUUGACCAAAGAAUAUCGAUAG